AUGUUCACGGACAUUCUACGCCAACUUGCAUUUUUGCUAAUUGCAGAAAUGGAUGAAUCAUUGGCUGUACAGUACUGUUAUCCUUUACAUAAUGCAUCAUGUACCAAAUCUGUUAGAUCCACAUAUGAGUAUGUUUUAAUGUAUUUGACCUUUUCUGUAAUGUCAGCAGUCACAGUGUUUGUAAAUUUGCUGGUGAUCAUCUCCAUUUCUCAUUUUAAGCAACUUCACACUCCAACAAACCUGCUCAUCCUUUCUCUUGCGGUGGCAGACUUUUUGGUCGGACUUAUUGUAAUACCAGUAGAGGCUAUACAACUGACAGAGACAUGUUGGUAUUUUGGACAAGAAUUUUGUUUCAUCUUCCAGUGUAUUGUCUAUACUUUGCUUUCGUCCUCACUUGGCCAUUUAGUGCUCAUUGCUGUUGAUCGAUACGCAGCUGUGUUUGACCCUUUGCUUUAUAGUCAGAGAAUAACUGUAAACAAGACAUGUAUAUCUACAUGUCUGAUUUGGUCAUGUUCAGUGCUGUACAACCUGUUAUUGCUUUACUGUAACAGGAGUGUUAACUUUUCUUUGGAUGACACUUUUUGCCACGGGCAAUGUUUUCUUUACAUUAGUUUUGAAUGGGGGAUAUUUGAUCUCAUAAUCUCUUUCAUUGCCCCUUGUGCAGUGAUGAUUACUUUAUAUUUGCGAAUUUUCCAGGUGGCAACUUAUCAAGCCAGCAUCAUUAACUCAAUAUCUGCCGGCGUUGGUUGCGUAGAUGACAACAAAGUGCCAAGGAAGGCAGAGGGCAAAGCAGCCAAAACACUGGGAAUUGUUGUCACCGUUUACUUGCUCUGCUGGAUACCUUAUUAUCUCUGUCUGCUCACUGCAGAUGCCAGUGAGGCCUCAGCAUUUACCAUUACACUUCUCACAUGGAUCCUUUAUGCAAAUUCUUGUAUGAACCCUCUCAUAUAUGCUUUGUUUUACACUUGGUUUAAAACAGCUGUAAGACACAUAUUGACACUGAAGAUACUUGAAUCCUCUUCAUCGUUUAUAAAUUUGCUGUCAGAAAGUGACUUAUCGUGA